UGCUAAUAUACUGAAUCACUUUGUUUUGAUAAAACUCCAAAAUUGAAAUACUGGGCUACACAAGGAUACUCAUCGAUAUUAUUUGCGUGUUUACAAUUUUACCGGAAAUAAAAAUUUUGGGUUGCGCUACGGCGCCGCAGUAAUCAUGGAGGUUAUGAAUGGAAAAGCAUUUGGAACAGAAAUGACCACGUUUGAUCAAGUAAAAACGGAAUAUGAUGAUGGGGAUAGCCUCCCAUUGGACACAGAUCUGAACUUAGCAGAUUUAGCUGAUCUUAUGUCAAGAGGAGAAAGCGACUUACCUAUCGAACUACAAUCCUCGCAUCUUGACUCUUCGCCACCUCACAACGUUUCAGACGUCAUACAUCAACUGCACGGAGGACACGAAGAGCAGUUUUCAUUAGGGAGUGUGAACAGAGAAACUUCACCUAGUCAUCAAAACGGAUACAGUUCCGACGGUUCGUAUCAAAAUUAUUCCCACAAAAACGCUCUUUUGAUUGAAAACUAUCAGACAAACGGAGAAUAUCGACAAUCAAAUCAGCUGCAGCAAAACAAGAAAUACGCACUAUCGCCACAAGAUCAAUCGUAUCUGCAAUAUAAACACAGAAGCAGGUGCCUGCCGGAAUCCCCUCCAGAUUCUGGAUCUGAACCGUGUUCAUCACCACAAGAAAACAGAGAAUACAUUGAUCCUAACCGGUACACAAACGGCAUUGGUCCAGAUCAUCAGUUACAGCGUGACCGUCUCGCUCAACACCAACAACACAAUCACUUGCACAACUUACCAGGCGGUAGCAGUCCAUCAGGUGAAAGUACCUGCAGUCAUCAAAGCGGCGGAAGCUCUCAAACUUCAGGUAGCCCAUAUUUGCACAACGUGAACCAGCAGCAACAAUAUUCUCCGGUUGAAAGUCAAAUACAACAGCAACAACAGGUCCAAGAGUUUGAAGACACUCUGAAUUCUGUUCAGACCACGAAUUCAAAUCCACUUAUAUUACACCAACAAUCCAUGGAUUACAGUACAGCCAACGGACAACAAUCGAGUCUUCAUAUGAACAAUAACUAUUCAGACCAACAAACACCACCGGGAACAAAUUUCUACGUUGGUUCCAAUCAAGGAAUCAUUCAAAAUAAUGGACAGGCUAAUGAUGUUCACAGUCCCGGAUCAAAUGGUCUACCCCUCCCCAGUCAACAACAUAUGAAUCCACUAAUGGAACAGUUUUUAAAUUCACAAUUAAACGGGCCGACCACAAAGAAACGAAAACACUCGGAGUCUCCACAAGGUGCAGUUCCUGAACAAUUAAACGCAACCAUAUUGAAUCAUCAAUAUCAACAAAUGAUCGGACAACCAAUUAAACAAGAGCCAGGUCUGACGUCACCAACAGGAUGUGACGCUCGUGGUUACUACAACAAUGCUUAUGAAAUGGGUGAUACCUUAUCCAGACACCCAAGUACAGUUCAAAGAGGAAUCAUCGGUGGCUCCAUAACCCUAAAUAAUAAUGGAUUAUCACAAAUGCCAAAUCCAACAUUGAUGAACUCUAUACUCCCACAUAGCGACGUAAUUAAUCACCAGCCGCCAGCAGUGACGACACAACCAACGUCAUCCUCCACCCAUUAUUUGGAUAAUGGAUCCUACCAGGUCAUAAAAUGGUCACCCCACCAGAGGGAAAAUUGGUGCAACUUAGUCGACGCUAAUGGAAAAGAUUUACCAACGGUUUCGUAUCGUGUGGAUGCCGACAAAGGAUUCAAUUUUGCCGUCCCAGAUGACACAUUCGUAUGUCAAAAGAAAAAUCAUUUUCAAGUUACUGUACACAUUGGAGUGGUUGGACAACCAGCGUUCAUAAAAUCAGAAAAUGGACUGAAAAAGAUCGAUGCAUUUUACCUUAAUCUUUAUGGAAUAAAAUAUGAAAGUCCGAGUCAGACAAUCAAUAUAGAACAAUCACAGUCAGACAGAAGUAAAAAAUCUUUCCAUCCUGUGAAGGUCGAUCUUCCAGGAGACCAAGUAACGAAAGUAACAGUGGGAAGAUUGCAUUUUAGCGAAACUACAUCUAAUAACAUGAGAAAGAAAGGCAGACCAAAUCCAGAUCAAAGGUAUUUCAUGUGUGUUGUGGCACUCCAAGCGCAAGCAGAUGGUAAGGUGUUCAUGGUCAGCGCCGCAAACACAGAAAAAAUAAUUGUACGUGCUUCCAAUCCUGGACAAUUCGACAGCGACGACGUGCAAUGGCAAAGAGCACAAGUUCCAGACGCCAUCUUCCAUAAUGGACGAGUUGGCAUCAACUAUGACAAACCUGACGAGUCUUUAGUUGUACAUGGAAAUAUAAAAAUUACAGGACGCCUAAUGCAACCAUCUGAUCUCCGAGCAAAAGAAGAUAUUCAAGAGGUUGAUACAAAAGAUCAGCUGCGAACAGUUCAAAAUGUCAGGAUCGUAAGAUAUAAAUAUUCACCAGAGUAUGCACAAUAUGCAGGAAUUGACCCGACUGCAGUGAGCACAGGCGUUUUAGCGCAAGAAUUUCAACAAGUUUUACCCGAUGCCGUGAAGGAGACAGGAGAUGUCGAACUACAAAAUGGAGACACAAUACCCAACUUUCUCGUUGUUGACAAGGAUCGGUUAUACAUGGAAAAUGUCGGUGCCGUCAAAGAACUUUGUAAAUUAACCGGAAAUUUUGAAUCAAGAAUUGACCAACUGGAGCGGUGGAAUAAAAAACUUGCUAAACUGAAAAAAUAUGACAGCAUAAGAUCAACAGCGAGUAGCAUGUUUAGUGGUAUAAGCAGUCUUUCAACGUCAACUGGAACUCCUUCAGUAAGCCGGGCUGGAAGCACAAGGUUUUCAAAAGACAAAAAUCAUAACGCAAACAAUAAAAAUCCGGUUUCUAAAACAAAAAGUAAAAAUCGACCAUCAAGAGAAGGCAGUGACAAUCGAAGAGAUCGACACAGUCGGAGGGAUGAAGCUACCCCUGAUAUCGGUGGAAUCGGCUGCUUGAACCAAAAACUGACACAAGGACUAGUAAUUGCACUUUUCCUCGUAAUGGCAUUCAGUAUGAUUGGAAUGAUGGUAAUAUACAUUGUUGACGCGAGAAUGGAAAGCAAUAACAACGAGCGGAUUUGCCCGCCAUGUCCAUCAUGCAACCCUACCAUCGAUACCUCUACUAUUAUUACUACGGGAAAUGACGCCUCGACAUCAUUUAGGUCGACUGUGGGACCGAGUAACCCCACAACCGAAAUUGGAACUCCUGCAUCAUCUGGUAGUAACCGCGUCCCCAUUUCUUACUGUCCGAUGGAGGGACGUGCAGUGUGUUCGGAGGAAAAGAAUUACUGCUGCUCUGGUCCUACUCAUGGUCAAGAAAUUUCAGAACUUUGUCAGCGUGAUAUGAUCAUGCCUGAUGGAGUGAUGGUAACGAGCCCUUCAACAAGAAGACAUCCUGAUGCCCGAGGUGGUUUCUUCAACCCUGGGAAAGACAAGUACGACCCUUAUCGAAGAUUUGAACCAACUCUCCGACCAGAGCAUUUUCGUACUUCGACAUAUCGAUUUGUUAAUCACAAAGCAAAACAGGAAAAACAGCGUGAAGAAAAUCGACGCCAUUAUAAUUACAAAACACAAUACAGACGACCGCCGACUCCGAGACCGACCAUAGAAUAUGUUCACAGUAAAGAGCCUCAACAUAUCACUCACCCCAGCACCCCACAGCACGUUGUUACAAAACCCACUAUUCAUCCAACUAGUCCCAAGUUCCAUCGCACUCUCAACGUCACUGAAAAGAAGAUCAUUGCUAAAGAGAAUUGGGAUCACCAAGUGCCAGUUUCGGCAUUCGAUACAGAUAAAGCUAAACCACCAUCGGUUAUAAGGAACCCGGAAUCAUCUAAAGAUGAUGGAAUGAAGGAUGAUAUUGAUAACAUAAAAGAAGAUGAAGUUGACACGAAACCUCGUUAUAAAACUAUGAGAGAUGAACCAGAAGAAGUGUUAACUCGAGUAAGAAGAGAUGUUGACGACAUUGAUGAAACGGAUGGAAGCGAUACUGAAACAGAUGAUAUUCUUUCUCAAAACGGAUUGAAAAUUUUAUCUGUUCGUCUUCUGGAACCUGAUGUGACAUUGUAUACAAACGAAACAACGGCAUCUCCUUAUGUGCUAUGCCACAGUUAUCGUAACACAAGCUUCAAUGUUCCAGUGUCGAUGCAUACCCCUCCCGGCGUUCCAAUGACUCUUGAAUUCAACACUACAGUACCGGGUACUAUAUAUUUAUGCGACCACAAAAAGCUGAGCUUCUGUCAAGAAAUUAGCGACCAAUAUUUACCAAACGAAGAAGCUGACGGUCGAUCCAAAGACGGAACAUCACUUCGUUUUACGCUUUUCUUCUCUAGCUACGUUUCGUCAGAUUACUAUUUCCGAUUGACUACGGUAGACAAAGUUGGAGACUGUAGCUCGUCUAUAGAAGACAUGGGCAAGACGUUUCAUCUGUUCCGAUUCCGUUUUUACCGCCCUUGCACCAUUGAAACACCACCGGAGUCUGACGAAAAUGAUCCUGCAACAUAUCUAAGUGAAAUGUUAUAUCGCACAAAUGACAGCGACUCAGAGUCACCAUCAGAUGAAUACUCAGCCCCUGGUCAAGACGUCGGAGACGGGAUGGCAAAUGGUUCUGUAGAUAUGGCAAACGAUCCUAAUCCAAUUCCAAACGAUGAGAUGAAUUUGGAUGGCCUUGAUGAGACAAAUGGUGAUUUAGACAUGCCUGCUUUAUAACUCACACUAAUAAAAAGCUUUGGUAACAAGUAACAGCUUGAAGCUUUGCGCGAACAACGGGCCUGCUUCCUAGAGGCCACACCGCUGUUCCUCAGCCAGUUCGAUUUAUUCACCGCUCUCGUACAAUUUAAGAUUGUUUGUAUCAAUUUUAAACGCCAGCUUCUGCGAAAAGUAGAUGGAGAGUGUAGCUUACAGAUUCGAGUCUGUUAUGCAAUCCUAACUUGCUACAAGUUAGGAAAGCUGUACAAUGUAACACGUUUGAUUUUUAAACUAUGUCUAUUUAAAAGUAAUUUUUCACGUUUUCUCGUACUGAUUAAAACCCCUUUUCAUUAUUUGAUUGCGCCAGGUUUAUAUAAUUAAAACCUGGCGGUGUUAAGUUCUAUUUGCAUUUUGUCAUUUCCCUUAUACCAUUGUAAAGUAAAUGUUGUAAAAAGAUUUUAUAUGACCAUCAAUUUUCUAUAACAUUGUUUUUUUUUAUCUAGUUAUAAACAAGUUGAAUCCAGAACUUGUUUCUAGCUUUCGAAACUCUAUGUUCAGAGUUUUCAUUGUAUUUGACCUGGUAAUGACCACACGUCUUUUCUUGAAAUUAUCUUCGUCGAACGAAACCACGUUCUUUGCUUUUGCACACUGCCGUAGCGUUCCAAAUUGUAGCAGCCAUAAAAUAUAACCACUUUAGAAAUCAUAUUUUGUAUCAAGUACCAAUCAAACUACAAAGUGCAAUAAAGGUGCUAAAAUCGAAUCAUAAAAUUUUGUUAAAUAUAGUGCCUUUGUGUCAUUGAGUUGUUUUUAUUUAUGCAAUGAGCAAAUGUGCUUUUAUAGUAAACUAAGCCAAUCAAUAUAUGGAAUAAGAACUGCUAUACAAUAGACUUUGCAGUUUAUUCACUUUUUAUUAUCCAGUUGUUCCUUAUUUCUACUUUCGUUAUUAUCUUUUGCUCCAGUUGUAAUAAUGAUUUCAUGGUAUUAUGAGAUUCAUGUCAUGAAUUACGUCAUUGUGUAUAUAUAUCUGUGCUAACUUUUCUUCCAUAAGUAUGUAUAAAUAUACAAUAAGGAACAAUAAAA